ACUUCGGGGGCGUCCCGGAAGUACUUCGAUGCUCCGUAGCCCCCAGGCACGAGGGGCCCUGUGAGGGGUGGCCCGCUAGCCGUGUGCCUCUCCGGCCUUGUAUGCCUUUUCCAUGGCCAGCUGCAGCUCCAAAGCCGCCACGUCCCUUUUCAAGCGAACCUUGGCCUUUUCCCCACCGCGUGCAGGCGGCGGCGGCGGCGGGGGCUCGAGUUCCUGCCUGACUGGCGGUGGCCGGUUGCGGACCUGCGGCGGUACCCCUCGUCUCCCGCAACGCUCGCGGCCUCGCUUUCUGUUCUCUCAGGCUGCGCCUCCGCCUCUGCUCCUUUUGCAGGACUCGCUCAGCGAUAGCCUCCGGGUGUGUUACAAGUACUUGAACCAAACCAGUCGGAGCUUCGCCGCCGUCAUCCAAGCGCUGGACGGGGAGUUACGCCAUGCAGUGUGCAUCUUCUAUUUGGUUCUCCGAGCUCUGGAUACUGUGGAAGAUGACAUGACUAUCAGUCUUGAAGCUAAGGUCCCCAUGUUACACAAUUUUCACUCCUACUUAUAUCAGCCAGACUGGAAAUUUAUGGACAGCAGAGAGAAGGACAGACAGGUGCUGGAAGACUUUCCAACUAUUUCCCUAGAGUUCCGGAAUUUGGCAAAAGUCUAUCAAGAUGUGAUUGCUGACAUUUGUCACAAGAUGGGUCUUGGUAUGGCAGAGUUUUUGGAAAAGAAGAUGAAUUCUACCAAAGAGUGGGACAAGUAUUGCCACUAUGUUGCUGGCCUGGUGGGAAUUGGCCUCUCCCGGCUCUUCUCUGCCUCAGAAUUAGAAGAUCCUGUUGUCGGUCACGACGUAGAAUUGGCCAACUCCAUGGGACUCUUUCUGCAGAAAACCAACAUCAUUAGGGACUAUCUGGAGGACCAACUGGUGGGCAGAGAAUUCUGGCCCAAAGAGGUUUGGAGCAAGUAUGUGAAGAAGCUGUCAGAUCUGGCUAAGCCGGAGAACAUUGACAAAGCCGUCCAGUGUAUGAAUGAGCUCAUUACCAACGCCCUAUAUCAUGUUCCUGAUGUCUUGACAUAUUUGUCCCGCUUGAAGAAUCAAAGUGUGUUCAAUUUCUGUGCUAUUCCACAGGUGAUGGCUAUAGCCACUUUGGCAGCCUGCUACAACAACCAACAGAUCUUCAAAGGUGUGGUGAAGAUUCGAAAGGGACAAGCAGUCACAUUGAUGAUGGAUGCUACUAACAUACAGGCUGUUAAAACCAUCAUGUACCAGUAUAUGGAAGAGAUCUGCCAGAAGGUCCCAAGCACAGACCCUUCCUCCGCCAAAACUCAACAGAUCAUCAACACUGUCCAAUCCAUGAGCUUACCCAGUGGUACCCUGGUCUCCCGGACCCAUUAUUCACCCCUCUAUUUUUCCUGCAUUAUGAUUUUAGCUGCCUUGAGCUGGCAGUAUCUGAACACUGUCUCAAAAGCAGCAGAGGAGUAUGUGCACACUGGUGAGAACUGAGAGUGGAGCUCUCUUGCGCUGCGUUUGGAAGGGGAAUAUUUUGAAAUGGGAGAACUUUUUGGAGUCCCAGGAAUGUAAGGAACAGGACUGCGAAUGUUUUGCUGCAAGCUGACUGAACUGGAAGCCUUCAGUUAAAAGCAUCUGCUGCUGGUUUUGAAGCCUCUUAACAGUUUCCCAUGGAGACAUUUGCUUUUUUCCCAGCUAAACUAGCUACAGCAAAUUUGUUUGAGUCUUACCAAGUGUUUUCUUUUCUGCUGUUUGCUCUGCAUUUGUUUUUGAUGUAGAGUGUUUUUUUAACUCUUGAUGUUUCAAAGUGUUUGUGAAUUUUGACACUAAAAAUGUGGUAAUAAAACCACUCCUCUUGCUGUAAUUUGAGCACUGCAUUUUCUGUUCAAAAAAACUUCCAAAGCCUGUACUAUGUCUUAAGUUGCACUAAUUUAGGAAUUCGUCAUUAACAUUAAGUUUGGAGAUAGAUAUUUGCCUUUGUUAUUUUUUCUUUUCCAUAAACGUUAUUGUGCCUCUUGUAAAAGGUUUCUAUAUUGUAAUAUGCAAGGAAUUUUGGGAGCCAAGAGAGGAAAGUUAUAUAAAUCGGUGAGGUAGGGCAAAACUGUGGGCUCUUCUACAGUAAAGCUGCCCACUCCUGAAGUAGAGAUCAGCACUGAGAAUCAGAAUACUUUUAAAAUCUUCUGUAGACUUGGAGAAGUUCUAGUUUGGGAUAGCAUGCAAAGUAGGGCUGUGAGAAGGUGCGGACAAUAUCUUCACAUAGCAGCUUCCCUUUGCAGAUUCAUCCCAGGUAUCUGCCCAAGCACGUGGCCUGUAAUCCUGUUCUGUUGUCUCCAUGCACCGUCCCAAAGAAGCUCAAGGAGAGUGCUUUACAAAGUAUCUGUUCAAAAGCUUUAGAAUUUGAUUCAUGAGGUUAAAUCUCAAAAAUGAAGAAAUCAAUCUAGAAAAGCAUAUGUCCACAGAAGUAAGGUAUAGUUAUGAGGCCGGAUGUGGAGUUUUCACAAGUCCUGAUAAUAGACUCCAAAUUGAGCUCUACUCCUAGUGUCACUGGAACAUGUGCAUUUGUUUUCUUGGUUUACUACUGACUUCUCCUAAAAUGGUUGACUUCGUAAUCUAAAGCGCCAGUAUUUCCAGAUGAUCUCACCUAAGAGCCAACCAAGAUCAACCCUACUUAGCAUUUUGAGGAACACCCAUCUGCUGUGGCAAUAGCAUGGAGUACUUGUUUUCUCUGCAACCUGGGUCCUAAUUCUAUAAAGGGGACACAGAAAUUUCUUGAUUUACAAGUACAGGUUAGAAGGCUCAUUAUAGUGGCUUUCAGCAGUUGAUACCUAAAAGCCAGUUAAUUCUUAACUAGGUAGCUCAUGAUUUACUUUCAACAAAGGCACCAUGGUUAAGUCUGCAUAUAAUAAAAACUUAAUAGUGUAUAUUUUAGUCUACCUAUUUUUAUACCCUUUGAAGCAUAGCAGUGAACUACAGAAAAGCAUAUUUAAACAAUAGAGUAUGGGAGGCAAAACCUUGUUCUGCCCUAAGGGGACGAGUCAUGAGCCAUAGUGGGUUUUGGAGAAGGGUUCUAGGCUGCUAGGAACUUUCAUGGUCAAGAAGAACCAUGACAUCACAUAUAGGUAAUUGUAAUUUCUAGGUGUAGGUACCUAAGUACCUAAGAGCAAUUUAAGGCAUGUAAAUUAAAUCAAAAACUAAUAUAAAUUAUUCUAAUCCCAGUCAAGAAAUCAGAAUUGCAGAGGAGCUAGAGGUUGGGGAGGAAGGAUCUGCAGGCUCUAUGGAAUUCAAAAUUAGAACCUUGUAAACAUGCGCAUAAAGCCAUUAUUAUUUCAAAUCAUCAAACUUUCAAGUACGUAGUGAAGAUACUGUAGCACAAGAUCCAAACAAACACACGCACCAUCCAUCCUCUAUCCUAUAUAUAUCUACAUAUAGAUAUGGGCUUUGUAUCAAGACCAUUACGUUUGAUCACAGCAAUCCAUAUUCUCAUGACUUUAAAUACAGAACCUCAAGGAUCAGUAAAAUGUAUUGGUGUGUAAAACAGUCACCUGUUAAAGUUUUAUCAGUUAGGUAUGGCACAACAUGCACUGGGUCUAUUUUCCGAACUGAAAUGUGUUCCCCCUCCACACCCCCACAAAAGAGACCAGAAAUACAAUCUUUUCUGUCCACCAGGGGGAAGAAUGAACACAUACAUUGUAGAAAACUUUACUGGAGAUAAGAAUUGGAAGUACACUGAUGAAAUUCUGGUUGUAAGUCUUUUAAGUUUAUAAAAUAUUCUGCUGCAGUUAACAAUAACUGAAUUUGAAGCCAGAAACCAAUCACAUAAAGCCUAUGGGUCAGAUUCAAUUUUAGGUUUAUGCUUGCUGCUUAUGUUUCCUCAUCAUUUAUCAUUUACAAUAA